UAAAAUAAAGGCGCUCACUUUUCUACUCUUAAAUCCUCAGUUCCUCACUCUCUCUACUCAAUUCAAAUUUUUAACAUUACUAAACUAAAACUAAACCCCCAAAUUUCCAUUUCUCUCAAAUUUAUUUUCUAGGGUUUUAACACCAACACAAACCCUAAAAUUACAGUUUUCUUUGUUAAAAUUGCAAUUUCUAGUUCAUUUAAACAUUGAUGAUCUUAUCGGAUCCAUCAAUGGGAUUAUUAGCAGCGAGUGGAGGCGACACAGUGAAAUUAUUUGAUGUAUCAGAAGAAGCUGGAGAUCGCUGCAUUUUGAGUUACACUCCUUCUCCGAGUUAUCUGGUUAACUCAGUCAAAUGGAACCACACUAAUUUGGUUGUUGCUAGUGCUGGAGAGGAUAAGAAGAUAUCGUUAUGGAGAAAAAAUGGGCAGAGUAUGGGGACUAUUCCGGUUACUGGGACUGAUGGUGGAGACAAUAUUGAGGAAUCGAUAUCCAUGAUUAGCUUUAGUAACAAGGGAUCUAGAUACUUAUGCUCAGGGGGAAGUGGUCAAGUUGUGAAAGUAUGGGAUCUACAGAGGAAGCGCUGUAUUAAAUGGUUGAGGGGUCACAUCAGUACAAUAACUGGCGUUUUAUACAAUUGCAAAGAUGAGCAUUUGGCUUCUAUAAGUCUAAGUGGUGACCUUAUUCUUCAUAACCUCGCAUCUGGCUCAAGGGCAGCAGAAUUCAAGGACCCUUACGAACAGGUACUACGGGUGCUUGACUAUUCAAGGAUCAGCCGGCACCUUUUGGUGACUGCAGGUGAUGACGGGUCUGUUCAUUUGUGGGAUACAACCGGUCGCCAACCAAAGGUUUCAUGGUUGAAGCAACAUUCUGCCCCAACAGCUGGCAUUAGCUUCUCACCAUCAAAUGACAAGAUAAUAGCUAGCGUCGGACUGGAUAAAAAGUUGUACACUUUUGACUCCGGGUCUAGAAGAUCCUCAUCUUGCAUAUCUUAUGAGGCACCUUUCUCUUCAUUGUCAUUCAGGGAUGAUGGCUGGAUUCUAGCAGCUGGAACAAGCAAUGGCCGGGUGGUGUUCUAUGAUGUUCGUGCGAAACCACAGCCUUUCAAUGUUCUUCUUGCUAAUAGCAGUUCAGAGGCCGUUACAAGUUUAUGCUGGCAAAGAUCAAAACCAGUUGCGGUAAAUGAGAGCCACUGCUCUGCUGAGACUGCUCUUCUGGGAGGUGCUGUUGAAGAUUCCGUUCUUAUGCCUGACCCACUUCCCUCUGUCACAUCAUCAGGUGCUUCACUAUCCACGGUGGUGUCAAGUUCUCGUAAUCCUGGGCGUCCAAAUUUUGAUUCAUCAUAUCUUACAUCAACCAGUAGUGGAUCCGCAUCAAGCACCCACAAUUUAUCUUCAGCCGAGGAAACACCAUUGAGAAACCAUCUACGCCCAAGUGGAAUGCUGUCAAGAUUAAAUGCCCCGCGUGGUAGCUAUAAUUUUAAGGAUGAUAUGGACGUAUUUUCACCUGUUGUUGAUGUCCAGCCUAUCACACCGUCACUUGAUAAGCUAUGGGGUGAUAACGAUGGUGCCAAAAAAGAUAGUUUACUACUAGAUAAGAAGCCCUCUUCCAUGUUUCCUUCAUCCACUAGGAGAUUCGAUGAUGCAGCAAUUGAUCAUCCAAUAUUUGACUGGAAAACGAGCUCGACUUCCAGACAGGAAGAGACCCGAACUUCUUCAUUUACAUUUGGAGAAUCUUCUCCUGCUCCAUCUUCGAAGAGUGAAGAAUCCUCCAUCACCCCUCCAGAAGCUUGGGGCGGUGAGAAAAUAUCUGACAAACCUGUCCUCCCACGCCAAUCGCUCUCUCGUUUUGGGCUGUUAGCUUCUGGGGGUUCGACAAUGUUUUCUGGUUUUCAAGAUCUGUCCUCUUCAACAAGUCAGACAAUUACAACUUCAUUGACGAAUUUUAACUUGAGCUUUCCAAAUAUACGCACCGAUAUUUCUUCAAAUCAGGAGACUUUAACAGGAUUUCCAGAACUUACCUCUUCUAGUUCCAUGUCUCAAUCUAUGGGUACCAAAAGUAUUAUUGGACCAGCUAACCUCGAUAUGCCAGGACUGGGUACUUUGACACUCCCUCGUAAGUUUUCAACUUAUGCUGAGAGGAUAAGCACUGCUUCUUCCUUGGGUGAUGGGAUAUCCCUCGCAGUGAACUCACCAAAAAUGAAGAAAACCGGAUCUGAGACCAGGGAAGAACUUUUGAGCAGCCUGCUAUCGAGGUCUGACUCAUUGGCUACAACAGAACCUGGAAGUUUCCCAGCAACAAAUGGAGGAAUCUCGCAAGCAAAUAAAGCUCAUCAGCUCGAUCCACAUCAGGGAAGUUCUUUCACCCUUCAGCUUUUCCAACGUACUCUUGAAGAAACUCUCGAUUCAUUCCAGAAAUCCAUCCAUGGCGACAUGAGGAACAUUCACAUCGAAAUUCUAAGGCAAUUUCAUAUGCAAGAGACAGAAUUUUCGAGUGUGAUGAGCUCAAUUCUGGAAAAUCAAGCUGAAAUGAUGAAAGAAAUAAAGUCUCUCCGUAAAGAAAACCAAGAGCUUCGCCAAUUGCUUUGAGAAAUUUGGAGCUGUGUCUAUAUUUUUACAACUUUUGGCUGACUUUUGGAAUUUUGUAGUUUUAAUAGUUCUGCUGUUUAAUUCCAGCCUUUUGUUACAUCAGUAAAUACAGUUGCUUCGUACAGCAAUAGUGCUGAAAAUUUGGAGGAGCGUUAAACAUUGAGGACGAGGAUAUCAAAUUCAAAGUAAGGGAUCGUAUUGAUUCUCUUUUAGACGAUUCGUUGGAGGUGGGAUUCUUUAUCUCUUGAGCGUGUAAAUAUAUGUUUUUUAGCUUAUGAAAAUAGGGCUUCAAUUUGAUGUA